AUGGCGGAGGUGGAGGCAGCGGAGACCGAGGUUACCAGUCAACAACAGCAGGGAUCGGAGGGCAACGAUAAGCCGCACCAGCUUGAGAGGAAGUGGACGUUCUGGUUCGAUAACCAGUCUAAACCUAAGCAGGGUGCCGCCUGGGGCGCCUCCCUUCGCAAGGCUUACACCUUCGACACGGUCGAGGAGUUUUGGUGGUAAGAUUGAUGUCGCAUGGGAUAGCUCUAUAUCGAUAAAGCUUCUGUAUUGGUGGCUUUAUGCUUACCUGUCGGCUUUUUGGCUUUAGUAUGUGCAUCGGGUUUACGUCGCGGAACACUAGAUCUGUUUCCAUUCAUCUGAUUCUUAUUUACUCUGCUUAUUUGGUUUGCAGCCGGCGUUAUUUGACGUGCUCGUAUUGGUUCGUAUUGAUUCAUCUGGCUCGUAUUGGUUUUUCUGAUUUAAGUAUCUUCAAAUUCGAUCACACAAUUCUCAAUAAAUAUCGUCCAUUUUGGUUUGCUCCUCGAUCCCUGACGCAUUGGUGCAAGUUUUUGUGUUACCUACUCUCUUUGGAAUUUUUACCUGAGAAUUGUGACGUUUUUGUCUCGUACUUUUCAUGGAGGUUAGAAAGAUCCAUUUGAAGAGGCUAUUCAUUUGAGUUAGUUGACGCCCUUACUAUUGUUUAUCUCUCAAAAUUUUAUCACCAUUGUGAAUCAGAAGGUCAUAAUUGACUGUGAAAGAUGGUGGAUAAAAAUCUUAUGCGAGCGUUCUACAUUUUGGAUCAUUUUUAUGAUACACUUCUAUGUACAUACUCAUGCCACGUAGGAGGGUUAUGCCAGGUUUCCUGGGAGUUUUUUCGUCUACAGCUAAAUACUGGUAGAUAAAAACUGCUAACCUUCUCUAAUUUUGGGUCACUAAACGGCCUUAUUUUGAUCAAAGAUUUGGUUAUAUAUAAAGGAAAGUUUCUGGUUAACUGCGGUGUUUUAUCAUGGAUCAAAUAUGAUACGUCUUGAAUAUUUAUGUAUUCUAGAUAUUAAUUGUUCUCACUAUUGAUUGUAUUUGUUUUCCUUGUAGAUUUACAUCAUUCUAUUUUUCCUAUUACCUUUCAUGAUGCGCUGCAGCACUUGUAUUAUUCUUCUCUUGUUAGUUGUUCAAAUGUCGAACUUGUGAGUAAGUCAUAUAAAUGCCUUAGUCCCUUAUUUUUCCUCUGAUCUUCAUGGUUAAAACGCCAUAUUGAUUUCUGUGGGAUGGCCCAUCCAGAAAAACGUUCAGUUCUUUCACUCACCUUCAAAAUAAAACGAUUAUGCGCUACUUGACACUUUCUAAUGAUUCUCUUCUAGGUAGGACAAGUUUAUCUUUGUGAACUAUCGACUGAUCCUUUCUUAUGCUUUUUCUCUAGAGUCUAGAAUGUAAAAUGGCAUGACCUAUUCUUCCCUCGAAUAUUUAGUGUGCCUUCCUUUGUCUGGGUUUUAUUUUUCCCAUUUCAUUUUGAUUUAACGUUUUUUUACAGUUUGUACGAUCAAAUAUUUCGCCCCAGCAAGCUACUGGUAAAUGCCGAGUUCCACUGCUUUAGAGCUGGUAUAGAACCAAAGUGGGAAGAUCCUGAAUGUGCAGAAGGCGGCAAAUGGUCUCUAGUUUUGAACAGGAAGUCCGAUCUUGAAAGCAUGUGGCUCGAAACUGUGAGUCUAAUCUUCUGUGGUGCUUGCUAUUAUUUUUUAUCUGGAGUCUACCUUUAGAUGCAGUUCUAGGCGAACACAGAAUGAUUCAGGUAUUACCUUGAACAAUGAUCCCCUUGUUCAGGAAUUAGAUCCGAUUGCAUAUUGAGCCAGGAAUUAGAUCUGAUUGUUUACACUUUCGUAGAAUUUUACUGUUCAGUUCUUUUCCUUAUCAUCUGCAAUCCACUGAAAUGACUUAGUGAUUAAAUAUCUUGAAACAGGGUUUCAUAAGCUUUGAGAACCUUUCGUUUCUCAUAAACUUUGUUUUGUCAAACCAAAUCAUAACGGUGCAACCAAUUAGAAGAGUCAAGGUGUUACUUCAUCAGAGUUCCCUUGUUUGAGUGCUGUAUUGCUAAUGAGCUGGGUUUGAUAGUAUAGUUAGGUUAUUCACAUUUUUAUGUGCGCUUCUGCUAUUAUUGUCCAGUGUUUUCUUCUGACGUUGUGGGGCUUUGGUUAUUAGACUUGUUCUAUGCUAUCAUGAUUUUUUUCAUGUGUAAAAUCAAAUGCUCAAGUGGCUUUUCCUAUGUGCAGUUGAUGGCUCUGAUAGGGGAGCAGUUUGAUGAGAGUGAAGAGAUCUGUGGUGUUGUUGCAAGUGUGCGCCAGAGGCAGAAUAAGCUUGCUUUGUGGACCAAGAAUGCUAGCAAUGAAGCUUUGCAGGUAAUGACCGUGAAGUGGUGUUAUUAGGCCAUGAAUGCAAUAACUGUAUUUAUUAUCUGAAGGAAAUUGUUGAUGGAUCUGACCCAGACUUUCUUAGAAUGAAGCGUUCGAGGAAAUGGGUUAAUCUGAGGCUUCACAUCGCAUGCUGAAAUUUAAAACUUAGCUGAUGUGUUUAUUUCUAUCCUAUUCUAUUUCUCGUUAUGAAUUUAAAUUAACCUUUUUUUCCCGUUAUUUAUCCCCUGUUUAUUGUAUGUUAAACUCUAUGCGUAGUCAUGGAAAAUUUGAAUCGGUGUUAUGGUGAUUCUAGACAAAUAGGUUGCGUUUAGAGUGUUUUAGCUAAUUUUGUAGAAAGCUAGUGAGUGGCUAUAUCAUAGAAGGGGCUUCGUUUUCCAUGCUGGCACUAUGGUCUCUGAAGAAGUGGAAAAAGAUGAUCAAUGCUUUGGUGAAUGUUGAUAUUUAAUCGUCCAAUAUGGCGACACGAAUGAGAGUCCACCUACAUGAUCAUGUCUUUGCUUUCUGAAAACCAUUAUUUCCAUUAACGAACAGUUCGCCUGUGAUCCUGUGCUUGCUUUUUGAAAAGCCGUGCUUUUGGACAGCUUUGCAAAAUAUGUUGAGACUGAGAUUUGUCUGCCUAUGAGGCGUUUCAGGAUUAAGCCGGCAGAAAACUUGAGUGAUUGCCUCUUUCUAAUCUUUUGUCAAAAUGUCAGUUUUUUUUUCGCCUGUUGAUCAUUUUUUUGCUGCCGGAUGACUCUUUUAUGCUGAAAACGAGACGCAUCAAAUGCUGCAAUGCAGAUGCUUUUUGCGCCUCCUGUCAGCGAUAUCUGUGAUAUGUUACACUGCCUUUUAGUAUCGGUGAUAACUGAGCAUUCAUGAAUUAUAUCAAGGGUGACCUUUUUUGUCUUCCAAGUUAACAUUCCGAGAAUGAAGGUAGCUCUUAGCUUUUCAUCCCUCUUCCUGGUGUUGUUUGGAUACUGAUUCUGAUUGUGUUGCCAUCAAAAUCCCUGAUCAAAGUUCAAACCAGAGUAACUGGGAAAAUUUUAUAACAAGCUUAGGAAAUCAGCUAGAAAUCGGUUGGUCUCACUAAAAUCUGCUAAUUCAUGCUGGAAUACUGUGGAAGCAUACUAUAUACCCCUUGUGGGAGAAAAAUAUUUAGUCUGAGUAUUCAACUUCUUUAGUCAAUACUCGGAUUUUCAAUGUCACAUAAUCACAUACACUUUCAUGAACGUGGCCUUAUUUUUCUUCGGCAAAUGCCAUGGCUAGCCGUUCCUUUCUGUGCAGGCGUCUAGAAACUUGCAUGCAUUGGACCAUCAUCUCCCCAUGUUGGCUUCAAUCUUCCAUUCUAUAUCAUCUGAAAUUUCUUGAUUACUUCCAAUGUGGGACUAUAUCAUGUGGUAGGUCUAACGGUAGUGUUUUCAUGAAAUGUGACAGACUACCAUCGGGAGGAAAUGGAAGGAGAUCAUAGAUUUCACCGACAAUAUCACCUACAACUUCCAUGUAAGCCUCCCCCUCCCUUGUUGAUGGUCACAUUCUACUCUGCUCAUCCGCCCUCUGAAGAUCACUCUCCCCAAUCUGGUGGGUUUUCUGCAGGAUGCCGCGAAGAGGGAGAAGCCGGGAAGCAGGUCCAGCCGCUACACCGUCUAA